UAGCUCCUAAAUUAAAAAAUCAGUCGAAUGAGUUCCAAAAUUUUUCUUCUUGAAUUCUGAUUGGUUGAAAUACUCGGGCCGCUUCUCUUCCUUGUCUUCAUAAAUGAUCUACCGUCCUGUGUCAUGUCCGCAACAUUUGGUUAUGCAGAUGGCUACAAAAUUGUUGGAGACAACCCUUUAACUCUCAACAUAGAUGUUAGGAGACUUUGGAGUAAGUGCGAGGAAAACUGCAUGUCAAUGAACCUGACGAAAAGUAAAGUCCUCUGCAUCAAAGGAUCAGCUACGAUUGCACUCCCCAGUUACAGCUUCGAAACCAAGAAGUAAGGAAAGAUCUGGACAUCCUGAUAACCGACACGCUCUCUUGGACGCAACACGCAAAAAAGAGGGCUGAAAAAGCCUUAAACGCUCUCUUCGUACUCAAAAGGAAUUUCUCAAAGGCGAAUUUCGCGACCAGGAAAAACGCAUAUAUCUGUUACGUUGUGCCAAUUCUGUGCUACGGUUCAGCUAUCUGGAAACCAUCAAAAGGUGACUUAGGAAUCAUAGAAAGUGUGCAGCGGAAAGCGAUCUCGUGGAUUUUCAUGACAAGCAAUAGCCAUAUCUCCUAAAAAGACAAACUCGUGAAACUUAACAUCCUUCCUUUGUCUCUAUACCAAGAGCUUCAUGUUAUACUGCUGUUUGCAAAAAUACUAGCUGGAAAAGUUGACAUCGACUGGAGAAGCCAUGUAAGCAUCACUGACGUUGGAAACCGAAGAGCUCAAAUGACACGAAAUUUCGUCUGCAAACAAAUGCGUCUGAAGAAGUGCGAGUCGGAUUUCUGGUUUCGGGCAUGUCGUCUUGCUAAUCUGUACAACAAAUACUUCAAAUGUGACAUAUUGUUUGACCCAGAAUGCAAAAACAGACUUCUAGGAAUGUACACAAAGUUUUUCAAAACUCGCUACAACGAAUCAGACACCUGCACUUGGCGUAUUUUAUACGAAUGCAACAACUGUAGAGACCUGAAGAAACUUACACUUAUAACUGAAAACUAAACUUUGAACAAUGCAAUGACUGGGUUUUAUGCGAACCCUUGGAUUAUAUUCCUAAAUCUUUUGUUAUUAUGAUUAUUAUAUUAUUGAUUGUUUACUGUUCAACCAGCAUAAACUCAAGCUGCAGAACAGUGACCGGCGCAGCCGCACCAACGUGUUGCGAGCUUGUCAACAGAGGGCAGGACUCUGUACGAAGUUUAGAGCCGGUUAUUGCCGCAAAGUGGUGACACUUGCGUAGCGCGCCCACCGGCGACCUUAAACCGAGACUCGGCUAAUUUAGUCUUUUGGCCAAUUGAAAAGAUUUGGGACUUGUGCGACUAUUUUUUAUUUUGGAACCUAUGGGACUGAUUUUUCAUUUUGGAACCUGUGGGACUGAUUUUUUAUUUUGGAACCUAUGGUACUGAUUUUUUAUUUUGGAACCUAUGAAUACGCACCAUGUCGACCAUGCAUGACAUCCAAACGAGAAGGAUUUAUCUCGUCCAGACACGGCUCUCGAGACAACAAUUGUGCUAUAUUAUCAGAAGUAAUGUGUGAAUCCCUUCUUCAGCCGCUGUCAGGAGGGCAGUUUGACCUGGCAAACGCAACAACUGACAAUCUUGAACGAAUUGACAUCAGCACGAGAAGAUUUUGGCCACCCAGGAGUGCGAUGAACGAAUUCAGGUCAACGCUACAUAAGGAAAUUGAUGCUGUUGAAGCUAGUCAUAUGGGAGAUCACCUCUCCUAUUUAUCUUCAGAACAAUAUCAGAUAGACGUACUCGUCGUUCCUGAAAGUGAAUUCGAUUCCGCUAAGGGCUUUUAUUCUAACGGAGAUUUCUCAUACUGUGUCGGUAAAAUGAUUUACAAAUUCAACCUUAAAUGGAGCUCUAAAGGCCUGACUUAUCAAAUGAAAAAGCCUGAUGUUGACAUCCGGAAUCUUGCCAACUCGGAGUUGGAAGUAGUCUUAUCACGAAACACCCAUGAUGCUUUUGAAUUUCUCGGAUUCGAAGCAUCCACAAUUGGUCUGCUGUUGGACCCAUCAACAGAGAUAAAUCAACAACAGUUAAUUCAGUUCCUAGAAGAGUGCAAGUUUUACAGAGCGUUCCUGAGAAACGAAAAAGCUAGAAAAAGGCUGUUCAAUAAACACAGAGAAAGGCGGCCUAUGGUUCGAGCGUUCUUCGAUCACUGUGAAUCGAAAGCAGAACUUAUGGAUCCUGUCAGUUUAGAGGUGAAAACUCCCGGGGAGAGUAAAAUCGUAACCGAAGAUGAAAUUCUUGAACACUUCAAAAUGACUCAUAAAAAGCGAGAAAUGCUGGCGAAAAUUGAAAGCAUGAUUCAGGCAAAUGACAAGAGAAAAGAAGCCAAAGAAAAAUUUAACGGCACAUUCGUAGAAAAAUGGUAUCCGGAAGUGAGCAAGCCGCAAAUUGGAAAAAUUUUUGCCGCCCUAAGAAACCAUAUUGGCGAAGGUUCACUUUGCUCUGAGGACGAGUACUUCGCUUGGAUUUUAUCAACUGAUGCCGAUGCUAUUAAAUUGACAGUUCAUUUUCUAUACAUGAAACUAAAAAACACGAACAUGGGCUGAUUUUGAACAACAUAGUCAAUUUGCACGUUUUCAAUUCUCGUUUUAUAGUCAUAUUAAUGCUAGUGGAAUCCCUUUCUUUUAAAUUCAGAUUAUCUUUUUUAGUUGCACAAAGGUUCAAAACUUAUAGCAAUACGAAUAUUAUAAAUAUACCAAAAAUUUAUGAAGAAUUAUUGAUUGCUUAAUUUUGAAAAUGUAUAUAUUUUUUCAUUUUGAGCAUUAUUAGAUUUACUGA